CAAAAGCCCGAAGAGGUAGCUGAUGCUAACUCCAAACAGCGUCUGAGUUUGGCUGAGCGGGAACGCGUUGGUGGCAUGUGCAAACGUAUUCUUGACUAUGGUCGAUUGCAAUAUUUAAGGAGCCAUGGUUUUAAAGCGACGUUAAAGUACUAUGUAGAUCGAGAUGUGACGCUGGAGAAUGUCUGUCUUAUUGCAAGAAAAAUCGAUUCCUCUGAGUGCCAAGAAGAUGAAAAGGAGACCUCCAACUACUGAAACGAUAGUGGUCUGUUUAUUGAAAUGUUGUAAAUUGAAUUGAAUUAAAUUUAUGUAUGUAUGUAUGUACAUAAAAAUUUCAAAUGCGCCAACAAAAAGUUACGUUAAAACCUCUUGUGCAAUGCCUAAAUGUAUGCAAUGAUUUCUUGCAGUCACUAAACCAACUCUUUCUCAACAUCUUUCGAGGUAUAAUUUUCAUAUUUUUUGCCAUUUAUUUAUGUACUAGUUUAUUUUCAACACUACUUUUAUUUACUUUCAUGCAUAAGUUAUUUGUAUUUGCUUCGUUAUUUUCUAUCUCUGACAACAACAAGAAAUUGCAA